ACCAGCCAUCCAAAAUUCGCGGAAAAAAAAAACCCCCGUCACUUGCGACUCGCCCAACCCGAUCCGAUCCCCAUUUUCCCCACACCCAUGGCGGCGAGCUUGUGGCGGGCGGUGAUGGGCACCGGCGCGGCGUCCGCGGACGCCGACUCAGCGGGCGGGGGCGUGGAGUUCUGGCGCAUCCCGGAGCGCGCGGGUUGGCUGAACAAGCAGGGCGAGUACAUCAAGACGUGGCGGCGGCGGUGGUUCGUGCUCAAGCAGGGGAGGCUCUUCUGGUUCAAGGACUCGACCGUCACGCGCGCCUCCGUGCCCCGCGGUGUCAUCCCCGUCGCCUCCUGCCUCACCGUCAAGGGCGCCGAGGACGUGCUCAAUCGCCCCUACGCCUUCGAGCUCUCCACCCCGCGGGAGACCAUGUACUUCAUCGCCGACACCGAGAAAGAGAAGGAGGAAUGGAUCAACUCCAUCGGCCGCUCCAUCGUGCAGCACUCCCGCUCCGUCACCGAUGCCGAGGUCGUCGACUACGACAGCCGCCCUGGCGACAAGUGAUCGAUUAUUCGAUUGAUUGGUGAGCAAAAGGGCCGGGCACACCGCUCACCUUGUAAUUCUGCCACAUCUCUAUGUUGUCGCUCCUUUCGUGGAUAUGAUGAUCUGUGCAUUUGUAUAAUAUAUUGGUCAUUGGGGAAUAAGUUCGGGAUCUUGAUAUAUAGCUAGCUGUCCGAUAUGGUACUAUGGAUCGGUUCUCUCCGUCCAGAUUUCCGCACUGGCGUUCGAUUUCUUUAGUCAAUUGAUUUAGAUUUGGCUGUUUCAGUUAUUGUAUGGAGCUAUACCAUUGGAUAUGUGAAGUUGCAGCAAAUUUUCUUACUGAAUUUUGACUUGCGCCA